AUGGCUGCGUCUCAUACAGACUCAAGAUUUGCCGUAGACGCGCGAUUCGCAUCCUCCCCUGAGGCAGGUUCUUCAAAAGACGUAGCUGACGACAUCCGUUUUCAACAAAGCGAAGAAGAGGAAGAGGACCAGGUCUCUCAGGACGAUGCCUCGGUCGCAGGCUCAAACGAUGGAGUUGAUGAAGGCAUGGAUCCGGAGGGCUUCGCUGGACCGUCUCAGAAGGUGGUGAAACCAUUGACACCAGAGGCUCUGGCGGCCUUCAAAGCGGCGCAGGAGAAGACCGGCGUUGUCUACAUAUCCAGGAUACCACCUGGCAUGCGGCCCACAAAAGUGCGGCAUAUAAUGAGCGCAUAUGGGGAGGUUGGCAGAGUGUAUUUGCAACAAGAGGACCCAAAACGAGCAUAUCUUAGGCGAAAGUAUACCUCCACGAAGAAAGCGCACUUCACGGAGGGUUGGGUAGAAUUCAAGGACAAGAGGGUUGCCCGGUCAGUUGCUGAGAUGCUAAAUGCGCAACCCAUUGGAGGCAAGAAAGGAACGCGAUGGCGGGAUGACGUUUGGACCAUGAAGUAUCUGCCCAAAUUCAAGUGGAAUAUGUUGACAGAACAGAUCGCCCAUGAAGCUGCGAUACAUUCGGCACAACUGCGAGUCGAGUUGUCGCAGUCUCGCCAUGAACAACGAGAAUAUCUCAAGAAUGUUGAACUGGCGAGGGUCUUGGACAAACGCGCGGAGAGGAAGCGCAAAGCAGAAGGGUCGGAGCCAUUAACGGAAAAGGAAACCUCUGCGAAAGCGCCCGCAGAACCCAGCGCGGCAGACGCAAGCGCUGCAACAAACAAACCUAAGAAGAGGCAGAGACAAAAGAUGGAGAAUUCUGGCGUCGAUAGGCAGCUUGAUAAUGUACUACACAGCAUCUUCUGA